GUGUCGGAGGUCACGGCACCGCUGGCGGUGGCAUUUUUUUUCUACCCGGAAACCUCGGCUGCGGGACCCUUACUAACCCGUGUGACGGCUGCGUGAGCUGGACUGGCCUCCGGUCCUCGCGUCGGCCCCGCGGAGCCGGACACUGCUCCCGGAGCGGCGGGGAAGAUGGUGCCGAGCGGCCCCGGGCCCGCCGCUCGCCACCGCGAGUGAACUCGGAGCGGCCACGGGCGUCCCCCGAGUAGCUGGCCGGGCUGGGCCCGGGGCGCGCCGCUGCCCGCCGGGGCGGGGUGGAGCUGAUCAGAAUAAUGUUUAACAUCAACCCCCUGGAGAACCUGAAGCUGUACAUCAGCAGUCGGCCUCCACUGGUGGUCUUUAUGAUCAGUGUCAGUGCCAUGGCAAUAGCCUUCCUGACCUUGGGCUACUUCUUCAAAAUCAAGGAGAUUAAGUCACCAGAAAUGGCAGAGGAUUGGAAUACUUUUUUGCUGCGGUUUAAUGAUUUGGACUUGUGUGUAUCAGAGAAUGAAACAUUGAAGCAUCUUACAAAUGACACCACAACUCUGGAAAGCACAAUGACCAGUGGGCAGGCCAGAGUGUCCACCCAGUCCCCACAGGCCCUGGAGGAUUCAGGCCCGGUUAACAUCUCAGUUGCAAUCACUCUCACCCUGGACCCACUCAAACCCUUUGGAGGGUACUCUCGCAAUGUCACCCAUCUGUACUCGACCAUUGUAGGGCAUCAGAUUGGACUUUCAGGCAAGGAAGCCCAUGAAGAGAUAAACAUUACCUUUACCCUGCCUUCAGCUUGGAGCUCGGAUGACUGUGCCCUUCACGGUCACUGUGAGCAGGUGGUGUUCACGGCCUGCAUGACCCUCACAGCCAACCCCGGGGUGUUCCCUGUCACCGUACAGCCACCACACUGUGUUCCGGACACGUACAGCAACGCCACGCUCUGGUACAAGAUCUUCACAACUGCCAGGGAUGCCAACACAAAAUAUGCUCAAGAUUACAAUCCUUUCUGGUGUUACAAGGGGGCCAUUGGAAAAGUCUAUCAUGCUUUAAAUCCCAAGCUCACAGUCAUUGUUCCAGAUGAUGAUCGUUCAUUAAUAAAUUUGCAUCUCAUGCACACCAGUUACUUCCUCUUUGUGAUGGUGAUAACAAUGUUUUGCUAUGCGGUUAUCAAGGGCAGACCCAGCAAAUUGCGUCAGAGCAGUCCUGAAUUUUGUCCUGAGAAGGUGGCUUUGGCUGAUGCCUAAUCCCAGAACUGCCCAUUUUCUGAGAGAGACUGAGCAAACCGUAAUCAUUGCCUGCUGACGCCAGCCUGGGCCUGGACACUCUGUGAAUACAUUUUCUUGCAAUGUUGGGUUAUUCCAGCCAAAGACAUUUCAAGUGCCUGUAACUGAUUUGUAUAUAUUUAUAAAAAACCUGUUCAAAAAUUGGUCCAAUGAUGCACGUGCUUCACACUGGGUGUAAUCCGAACCCUGCAGCCUCCCCUGUGGAGCUGGUGGGAUGAUUCUGCAUAGCACCAGCGAUGCUGCCUGGUCUCCCUGCCUCACAGCAGGCCGUGUGGUCUUUACCGAGAUCUCAGGGGCAGGUCAUUGCUGGCGGGGUUGAGGUUUGCUUUGGUUCGAAACAGUCUGCACUUUUGACAUGAUAUUGCAUUUCCCAAGCCACCGAUCUGUUUUGUGGAUUUCAUGUGUCCGUGGCUUAAUAGUAAUAGUAACAACAAUACCUUUUUCUCCAUUUUGCUUGCAAAGAAACAUACCUAUCUUUCUAAGUUUUCUUUUUUUCCUUUGAAAAAAAUAGUCACAUUUAAUACUACUCUAGUUAAGACAGACUUGUGCUUUCAUCUUGAGAAAAAGAUCAAUAUUUACAAGUCACCGACAUGGUGAAGAUCUAAGUUUCAUUUUCCACAGCGGUGGUGAGGAACCUGGUCUUGUGGAGUUGAGCUGGCAUAGCAAGUUGCACUGUCUUUUUCUCCUCUGUUGUCCCUUCCCUCCGUUAUAGAAGUUAGAGCAGCUGCCUCAUUCAAAAGGGCUUAAAAAUUAAGUACAUGUCUCUAGAGAGGAGUAAAAAUUAGCGGUUGUAUUUUCUGGAAUGCAGAAUGUAGUAUGGGAAGAGAUGAUGACGAUUUGGUCUAAUGCUAUGAAAGGAUUUCUUGUUUUCCUUGAAGAGCAAGUGAUUUUUUUCUCUCUCUCUUACUUUUUAAAAAACAUGUAUUCCCAUGCAGUAACAUGUCUUCAGAAGGAAAAUAGCAACUAAUAGAUCAGUAACAUUAUGAAAAUGAUGCCAAUGAAAUUUGAAUGAAAGCAAUUCUGUUUUGCCAUUUAUCAGGAAAAUCUAAAGCAUUUUCUUUCCUAUAACAUUUGAUGAUGUAGUCCCUUUGUCUCUUUUUCUUCCUAAUUCAUUUUCAUUUAAAAAAUUGUGUUGUCUUUUCUAGUCCUUUUUUUGGUUGCUCUCAUUCUUACUGUUUUUCUUAAUAGCUCUUAGCCUCACUAUCAUUCAUGACCUCUGUGUUCUCACAAGUGAUGUUGUAGCAGAAGGACAAGUAAAACCUUGGACCUGGCUGUCAGCACUUCUUUCCCUGUAUAGUCUGCUCUAAAUCAGAAUCAGGCCUGCGGUAUGAAAUGUGGAUUGGCCUAGAACGUUUUAUCCCAGGCAUUCUUGAGUAGAAAACAUUUGUGGGCUUUUACUAAGGAUUGUUAAUCACUGUAGUAACUUGAUAUGUUAAUAUAUAUUUUUUCCAUUUAGUACGUUUUAAGCACAACAAUCAUACUUGCCUAUCCAGUUAUUUGUAUGACAUGAAUUGCUUACGUGAUACGUGGCUAACCUGUUAGUUUAGCUUUCUGUUUGGAGACUUUGAGGCUCUUACGGGAUCAGAUUGAGAAAGAGCCUUUUGGCUUGGCCUUUUGAAACAUCACUACCAUUAAGACCAACAGAUUUUAGGUUAAGCUGCUACUGAAUUAAUAAAAUCCCAGUGAACAGAAUUCUAGGGAUAGAUUUAUAACUGGCAGAGUUAAUAUAAAAGGAGGACAAGUAGAAGUCAAUUUCACUGGUUUAUUCAAUCCAGCUUGUUGUUAAUAUUAAUUACCCUUGUUUCAAUUACAAGGAAUGGCUGGAAUCUGCAACCAGGGAAGGAAGGACACUGUUAGGGGUGAGGAAAGGAAGUGCCAAAAACGUCUGGACAGUAUGACUUGAUAAGAGGCCAGGGCACACACUUUAAAAUCCAGCAUUUAUCCUAGAAGGUAGUUCUCAAAGAUCUUAUGGAAACCCAGAGUCAGUCAGGUGUGUAAAGAAAGGCUGGAGUGGAGGGGAGGCCUGGUACCUGGCUGGGUGAAGAGGUCUAGUACCUGAAGAGACUUCUACUGGAUCUCAGGAAGUCUAGGGGACCUGAUGCUGUGGGGCACUUGCCGACAAGGCCCGGUGCUCUGCGGUGUCCUGCUGGGGGCCCUCAGGAUUAGAAGAUUGUCACGGGCAGGGCCCGUUGGCCAUUCUGGGGUGAUCCUGCACGGGAGCACUGGCUCGUCCUCAGGUGUCUUGGACUGGAGGUCCAAUAAAAGGUUAGCAACUUAAUAUUAAAGUGGUUGUUUCAGAUCAUAUUGAUCUCUUUUCUUUUCCUUUUGUCCUUUCACUGUGUGACUUGAAUCAGUUUUGAUUCUGUGUGUAAGUUUUUCUCAUCAUUAGGAACCUGCUGUUUCUGUUGCAUUUUCUUUGGCAGUCUGUAGGGAUUCAGCAUCCUGGUUUUUCAACCCUCCUGCAGGCACCGUGGGGUUCCGAGGGCCAGCGGAUCCAUUUCACUUAUCCUGCUGCAUGAUGGUCAGUAGCUGAUCUGUUAUGGCAUUCACUCCCAGAUUAAUUUUCCACGUUUGAAAUGUGUGCACAUGUGCUUUACAGAAUAAAACAUCUGAAUUUA